AUGCCUGUGUUUAAAAACUUAGUCGAACUCUUCUCUAGCUUGUCACCACGACGCAAACGUGAGACCGAAGAUCAACGAUCUGCUCUUCAACGGGCACAACCACCGCUCUCGACCCCUCCUCGUUCUCGACCAGCUGGGUCUGGUCGUAAUCCUUUUAUCCUGGCACCUGACGAACCCGAUCUGACCGAAACCACAUCUCCCCAGAACGCUGCGAUCGCUCCUCUUUCAACGGUUGUUCAUAGUUAUGUCGAUUCUUUUUCGUCUCCAACUGGAUCUACAACCGCAGAAGAACCAUUGCGCACACGUUUCUCCCACCCUUCUCUGAGUCCCAUUACCCGGUUAGACAUGUCCCGACGAAACCCACAGAACUCCCCUGCCGGCAGGCCAGAGCUGAUGUCCUCAUCCAUUCCCAGGCCGGGUGAUUCGUCGCAAAUGUUGAACAAGGACCAGCAAACGGAUUCCCAGAAUCGGAAAGAUGAGGCUCGGUUGCUUGGAGGCAGAUACCAUGACUCUAACGCUGUCAAGAUAAAGCUCGGAGCAUCCCUCAAUGCUCGGAAAAAGAUUCCAGGGUCUACCUUCGCGUUCUCCCCCCGGGACAAAAUUUCACAGAAUCAAAAUACCCGAAGCAGCGGGCCAGUCCGUUCUUACGGAGAACCAAAUCAACAAACUUCCCGGAGAAAGUCGCCCCAACUCGAGGAUGAGUUUGAAGAGUCGAAUCGACCUACCAAGAUGCGGCGCCAGAGUAAAACCAACGAAACCGUCGACCUUACGGCCCCAACGAAAUCAGCCAGAAAUCGGUUGGAACAGGGACUCUACCGCCACCCAAAUGCAAUUCGUCGCAACCGACUUGAAGGUUCCAGGGACGCGGAGGAUAGCGUCAAAGGAGCUGCGCAAAGCUCUAAUCGUCCUCGACAUGACCAAUUAUCUUCCGUUGACUCUCGGGAUGAAAUGUUUACCGAAACAGCAGCACAGCAGCGACGAAAUCAGGCGGAUUCCAGGUUGUCUAACGUAAAUGGCAAAUUAAACCAGGCUGCAGAGGCCGUUGUUAUUGGGAGCAUUGAGGUUAGACCAAAGAGAGCUGAUCGGAACCGCACUGCAGUUCCUACGAGCAUACAUCGUCCUGUCAACGGCAGAGAAAGUCCAGACGAGCUUCAGGGGGAUAUCACCACACAACCAGUACCGAGAUCCUUAUCGGGAACACAACUCCAAGCCACUCGCCCAUCCAAACCCGAAAUUCACAUAGAAACAUCGACUCGAAAACGCUCUCCGUCCGCUACCCGAAGUCCAGACUUUUCGCCGCCAACACCGGUCAUGAAGAAGGUUAAGAUAUCUCAAAAGAACUCCGAUAAGAUACACCUAGUGCGAUAUUUCCGAAUCGGCACCUUCGGCAAAUCUUGCGAUUCGAGGCAAUUCGUCCCAAUUUAUCUAACCAAGGAUGGCUUUGAGCUUCGUGAGAAUGCACUCGGCCAGGGUAACACGAUAUCAAUACCUUUUCACGAAAUCCGUCAAAUUGUCGUCGGCGAGACGCCUAGCCGAAAAGUGAGAAUCAAAAUGUUGCAGAGUGCCGUCAAAGAAGACGAUCAGCUUGACGUUGAGUUCUGGACCACCGACGAAAAGAGAAAUUUCCUGGAAGUGUUGAAACAGGCGAAACAGGCCCAGCGUCCCACCAAAGAUAUGAAAUGGAUGGACAAGGCGUUUUUGAAGUAUGAAAAACAAUUUCCACGGGAGAACAAGCGGCCUAAGAAGCGGCUACUUGAUGACUUGGUGGACGAUCCCGAUCCUGAGCACUCUCCUCCUCCUUCGCGACGGCCCAAACUUUCAAAGUCCUUGAGAGAUGACCAUGGUGAAGUCAACAAUGUCAAUUCACUUGAGAUCAAAUGCGCCGCUCAAGAAAAAGUAAAACAUGGAAACGGCAAUGUUGAUUCUCGAACGUCUGCCAAAGAACAACAGAAUUCUCGACCUCUUGAUACCGAUAGUGGAGCUGAUAGUCGAUUUGAACGCGAGACCCGCUCUUCUACCCGCCGUGGCGCUAAAAAGCUGUCAAAUGGAGACGUUACAUCUGAAGCAAAGUCGAAUUUAUUUCCCAGGGAUGAUUCUUUCAGGAAAAAUUGGAAGAAACCGUUGGUGUAUCCGCGAAAUGGAAAGAAGAAGGCUGAGGUGACACUCGUUGAUCGAGAACGGCUACUGAGGGACGACUUCCUGAACGAUAACCUCAUUGCUCUCUACAUGCGCUUCCUCCAGGAUCAUCUUGAACGCACCAACAAAGAGGCUGCCAAGAGGAUCUACUUCUUCAAUACCUACUUCUUUGCGACUCUCACGAAUACCCCACGGGGGGACCGUGGGAUCAACUACAGUGGUGUGGAGAAGUGGACUCGGAACGUCGAUCUCUUCAGUUAUGAUUAUAUCGUCGUUCCUAUCAACGAGAAUGCCCAUUGGUACGUUGCAAUCAUUUGCAACUUGCCAAGCUUGUCCCUUGGUUCUGCUGACGCCGUAGAGUCGGUUCGAAGACCGGCUCUCCAAAAAGAAUCAUCCAAUGCGUCUGAGAGUGAGAUCCAGGAAAUUGAGGAGACACCUGAGCCGGAACUAAGGUCAAAGUCAGAGCUCAACGGUUCUAGUGAAGCCAACCAACCUCGUGAGAUUCGAGAGGGAUCUGAGACCAGGGGGCAGACUGAGGGAGAUGAGCAUGCGAUGAAGCCAGAGGAGCAGUCCGCAUCCGACAACCCACUUCCACCCCCAAAUCUCUCCAAAUUCGCAGGCCAAAAGCUCGCCCAGGACCAGGCCGCGGCGUCACAACCGACAACCAAAUCCAAGAAGAAAAGAAGUGGGUUAAAGUUAGAUCCGAAUCAAACUACGAUCGUCACGUUCGAUUCCCUUGAUAUGCCUCGCUCCCCCACCAUCAAAAUUCUCCGCGAGUACAUCUGCCGCGAAGCGGAGUCUAAACGCGGCGUCGAACUUGACCCGAACGACGUCAAGGGCAUGCGAGCUCGUGAUAUCCCCCUUCAGCCUAAUUUCUGGGACUGUGGUCUUUAUCUACUGGCAUAUCUAGAGAAGUUUGUGCAAAGCCCGGAUUGGUUCAUCACGAAGGUACUACAGCGGAGCAUGAAUUCUGUCGAUGACUGGCCUCCACUAGGUUCUGGUCUCCUGCGAUACCGCUUUGGCAAGUUUCUCGAUGAUCUAUACGAGGAACAGCGGCAAGCCGGUGAGCCUAUCAUGGCAGUCAGACGGCCUAUUUCAUUCCUGCUUGGCCCGCCUCUUCCUUGUCAGGACGAAAUUGCGGAUGUUGAUGUGGUACCUGAGUCUCAGCAUGAGACAGAUUCUUCAAAGGACAUUGCGAAACCUGUCAAUUCAAAGAUCGAAGACUCGAGCGAAGAUUCAACCGCGGAGCAAAUGCAUCUCUUACCUACCGAAAACCUCCCGAAACCAAAAGACCCGAAACCGAAAACAUCACCCUCCAACCCACCUGCAGAUGCGAAGUCGCAAAAUGACCAUGUUGCUCCAGCAAAGGGGGAACCCAUCAUCCAAGUACCCGGUAGCCAGGAAGAGCCCGAAGUGCCAGGCACACCGUCCCCUAAGAAAAAAGAACGAAGGAAACACGGCCAUUCGCGAAAGAGAUGA